CCUCGUCUCUGUGAGGAUAUGGAAGGGACCAAAGCGUCCAGUCCUGUCGCCUGUGUGAGCACAGCGGUGGCUGCUGCUGCUGUGCCGGGAGAUUUGGCCGGGUUUGGAUAAUUGGCGCAUUUAGUGUGCCAGCACUUCUUAGACGGGACAUAUGGGAAAGUGAACUGUAACAAUAAUAAUUUGAACUUUACACAGCAGAAAUGGAUACUUACAAAAUAGCGUGGUGACCAGCUUUUUAAUAUUUUAUCUCAUUUAAGUUGUUUUUAUGUUUUAUUUGAAUGCGCUGGAGGAAUGUGGAGUGCGUUUAUGAACGGUUCGGGACUGCACGGUGGGGGCGGUGCUGGCGGGGGAUACGUCCCGUCUCAGGGAUGGGAGUUUGUGCCGUGCACCAGGAUGGAUAGAGCAGAUAGAGGCAGGGGCAAAAGCCGCAGUCCGCUGAGGAGGAUCUCCUCUCCGCCCACCGUCUUCAGUCAGCUUUACGAGCCCCAGUUCAGCGCUUCUCCGGGUGGUGGAGAAGGUGGAGCAGGGACGCAGCUUGAGGUCCUCAGGGGACAAAUGUGGCCGGGUCCCGAACCCCAGCAGCAGCAGCAGCAAACCCAGCACACGAGGCUUAAAAAGAAAUUUGAGGAACUGAAAAAGAGACACGUACAAGACAAGGAAGGAUGGAUGCGCGAGAAGGAGUCAUUGUUGAGAGAAGUGGCUGAUAUACAAGGAGGAGAGAACAGGAGGAUUCUGCUGGACUUGAAGACAGUUUUGGAUGAAGUGCAGUUGGAGGUGAAGAGAGAGGAGGAGAAGAGGAGUGAGCUCCAGCUGCAGUACACCAGAGACAGAUGUGCCUGGGAGCUGGAGAAGGCUGAGCUCAAAUGCAGGAUUGCACAGUUGGAGGCUAGAGAGGGUGCUGGCUUGAUCGGUGGAGGAGGCCAGGCAGCCGCAAGUCCCAGCUCUGUGGCGUCACGGAGUGCUCGAGAGCAGCACGGCGAGACUUCAACACUCCGCCGGGAGAGGGAAGAGCAGCGGAGGCUCCUGGUGGACACACACUCGACUGCCAUGGACCUGCGCUGUCGCCUGGAGCACAAUGAGAGGGACUGGUCAAGGGAGAAAGCCGAGCUGCUGGAGAGGUUCGACAUGGAGAGGAGGGAAUGGGAGAGUCAGCUGAGGGAUAUGCAGAAGAAAAUAGAAGAGCUGUACUGUGAAGUGAGGGCCAAGCGAGAAGGGACCGGACUGGAUGGCAGGAGGCAGGACAACGAUGAUGCUGCAUAUAGGCUCAGCAUACGCUCAAUCAGCACUGGCUCCAGUCUGCUCAGUGACAACUCUCGCUCAGAGCCACUCAGCAGCAGCAGUCAGUCAGAACCAGUCAGACAUUCACCUUUACCUGGUUUUGGUCACAAAAGAAACAUCAGCGGUUGUGUUGGCACAGAUAGUCACCACUCCACAUGCUUCCAAGCAGACAGCUUCUGUGAAUAUAAUAUUGGCGGACAGAUUACUCAGAAUGACGUUUCACAACCUGAGCCGGUUGAUGAAUUCAAAUCCAGAGGCACUUGGGAGCAAGACGCAGUCACUGAUAUCGAGGAAGCUGUGGAUACAACAGAGCUGGAUGCUAUUUUUCAUGGAGCUCCUGGACAUUGGGUGCCACAGAAAAAUGUCUCUAAAGAUGAUGAAAAAAAUGUCCAUGUUAGUCCUCAAGAAAGUCCUCGUUGGUCAGAGCGGAGCUGUGGCAGCGACAAGAAGAAGAACACCACUGCUCUCAAUGCUGCUCUGAAGGAGAUUGCCCGUGUAAGCGAGGAGCUUUGUAGCUACCAAGACGAGAUCAGAAAGAAGAGCGAGGAUAGGAGGAAUCGAUCUGAAUCCUUGUGCCUACCUGAGGAGAGCGAGAGGCUGUUUGGCCAUGAUAAAACCCAACUGGAGGUUGAUGAAACCCCCUGCGACCUCAGCCAGAUAUAUGAUGACCUUCGGGCCUUGGAGAGGGAAAACUGGAUCACCUUGUCACCAGAUAACACCUGGCUGGUAAACAGAGGCCUGAGCAAAUCCCGCACAGCCAACAGCGCUGAUCCAGACAGAGAAAAACAGACCAGCCCCGGAGUACUCUCUGAGAUUGAUACAGCAGCUCCACCCAUCCCUCCCCGCAUCUCCUCUUGGAAUCUGAGUACACCCACCCAUCCAGACACAGAACUUCACAUCCCAGAAACCCCUGUGACGACAGUAAGGAAGUGCCAUAGCCCUUGUGUUCUGAUAGACAGAAAGUGUAGCAGCCCAUCUAUCGUCAGGAAGUUUGGGGCCAUGCUACAAGAAAAUGAAGGAAAAGUUUUAAUAGAUGGUGUGGUAACAUCAUGCGCUGUGGCUGCUAACCCAAAAUGUAAUAUUGGCUGCUGCCACAACCGCUGGUCCUGCGAUGCAAGCAAGUUUACUAACAGCAAGCUGUCCACACACGGGACUGUCCAGAAAAGCUUCUCUGAAGUCAACAUAUUGACUGCUGGAAAAGAUUACAGACCUAGUGUUGGGGACUUAAAAGAGCUACAAAUGCCUCCGAUUGUCAAAGAAUUACCUGUAGAUUUGCUCUUGUCCUCUCUCGAAAUAUCAUCUCCCAUCCCCAAACUUCAGGGCUCCAAAAGAAAUAUAAUGCUGGAACAAAAAACAGCAGAGUUCAACAGAACUUUGUUUCAGGCUGAGAUGGGUCGUGGUGUAAAGGAAGACGGUUUUACAGUAAAAGAUGGCUGCUCUGUGGGUUGCCAGCCAGUCUUUCCAGCAACUUGUGCAUCAGAUGAGUUUUUAACUCCCAAGGAGACUAAACUUCAGCCACAUUGUACUGAUGUCACCACCAGCAUCAUAGAAUCACAUCCUGAAGUCACAUUACCUUUCUCUACCUCGGAUUCCACAAUUCACGAGGUCCAACUGAGGAGAACUAAAUGUGGUCCUGAAGGUCAAGAGGUCAGAAUGAACCUCUCAUCUGAACAGCCACAGACUGGACUCAAAGAGGCAACCACCAUAGCCUCUCAGAGUCCUGCACACCAUUCUGAGGUCAAGCACAAAGUUCAAACAGCAAGCAGUCCUUCCAGGAAAACACAAAACAGAGCGGCCACAGAGGUUCUCUUUUCUGAGCCUGUCUUGCCUGCGAGUACCCAGCCAGGUCAGAAUGUGGACGGUUCCAGCUCCAAGAAUGAGAAUCCCAGCGGAGCAAAGCCACAGCCAUCCAGAGUUGGUGCUGAGCACAAACCAAGAGAGAUGACACAGCCAAGGCAUGUGUCUGUUCCUCCUUCCCAGACUGACUCCUCCAGAGCUGGAACCCGAAUGAUGAAAGACCAUCCCUGGAAGCCCCUCACUCUGGCUGCCUACCCACGGCCCGAGGGCUCCAGGUCCAACUACGGGGCAGUGGAAAGGAUUCUAAAGAAUUAUGAGAGCGCAGCCCGGGCUCAACAGAACCAGAGCCAGCAGGACGGGGUGUCUUCAAGUCCUAACAUCAGUAUCAGGCAGGAGGAGACGGUCACAGAACUGGACAUGCUGGACAUGGACCCCCUUCCCUUACCUCCCACUCUGAGACACACACAGACUUCACACACCUCACAGAUGCACAGCACACACGCACAGCUCAGCAGCCACAAUGCCAUGAGUGUGAAAGAGUUGCAUCUAACAGUGCAGGAGAACGAAGAGUCGUCCGUCUCCUCUUCCUCCCACCAGAAGAACUUCUCGAGGCCUGCCCGUCCAGCCAACCGACGCCUCCCCUCCCGGUGGGCCAGCCGCUCCCCCACUUCCUCCCCCUCCACCUUCUCCUCUCCCUCUACCACCCCUCUUGCACCUCCAUCCUUCCCACUCCACAAACACACUUCCUCCUUUACCUACUCUCACGCCUUUCACAUAGAGACUGUCAUAAUUUGAUCUCCACCUCACUGUGUGACUGAACCAACAAAAAGCCUUUAGUGAACACUACAUUACUGUUGUACAUAAAUGCCAAACCCAGACUGCUUUCCACUCCUACAGACUCAGAAGUGCUUUAGUUGUGAGUUUACCAACUCGCUGUAGAAUGUAUGUGGAACAUAACUGACCACGGAAGAAAAGGAUCUGAAACAGCUUCACGUAUUCAGCAGUAUGCUACAAAUAACCUGCCAGGCAUCAUGUGUAGCCUCAGAAGACAGUGAAAAUAUCACUUUCCAAGGAACGAUCACAUCCAAAGCGUCAUCCAUUCAUGCCAACAGACCAUCUAAAUGGAUUUCCUAUGCUCAGGUCUGGAUUCUAGCCUUCACUAGUGUAGCCUUGCAGAUCAACCAACAACACAGACCCUUCACUAUCCCCUCUGUUCUGUAUACUCUAUUUACACCUUAAAAGUGAUGCUAGCUCAUAUUCAAAUGAUCUAAAAACUUCCAGCCAAAUGAAAUCCAGACUGAUGUAUUUAAUAUGUACUGUAUUUUGUAUUUUGUGUGCAACAUGUUUUGUCUGACGUUGCAUACACAAUAUGCAGCAUCACGUAGGAGUUAAAGGCAGUGGAGCAGAGAUUCCCCCCUAGCGUCGCUCUCAGUGUGCUGAAUAAAGUAGUGUUGGUUUUCUGCCUUCUUGAAUAUUACCUGCCUGGACUGUACCUUGCCUGUGACUGAAACAUGUUUGCUUUAUGACUGGCUUUACAUUUUUCAUGAUUACAGUAAUGCAAAAAUGUGAAUGUGAGUUCCUUUUUUUUUUUUUAUAACUUUGUACCAAAGGCUGGUUUCUUUAUAUGCAUUUUCCUGAUUUGAAAAUGAAAUGCAUUGUUUGUAAUAGCAUUUUUUUUUCUUUUUUUUUGCUGUACACCCAUUGCUAAUGUUCUCAAAUCAAACUGUGUGUUAAACAUCCUUCAUGGGAGCCUGCUUUUGUGCAUAACAUAAAUAAUGAUUAUGAAAAAAAAUUAAAAAGCCUUUUUUCUACCUUUACUAACUCUGAAUGGUCACAUAUCAGGACAUUAC